UAAUGUUUAUUUUCACGAUUUUCAAGAUCAUUUUGCUCUGGCCGGGUGCUAUGUCACAGUUCCUUGAACCGAAUUGUGGCUACCCUGACAUUAGCCCAAAAAUAAUGCAUGGUCAGAAUGCAGAAAAUGGAACCAAUCCUUGGAUGGCAUAUAUAUUUAAAUAUAAUGAUAAGGAAGUAGCUGAGCUCGUAUGCGGCGGAACUCUCAUUCACAAACAAUUCGUUUUGAGUGCAGCCCAUUGCAUCAAAAGAGAUCAAAUACUUGCCGUUCGUCUUGGAGAACAUAGUUCAUCAAGGUAUUUUGCAGUGACCAAGGCCUUUCGGAACAAGUACUUUACAACUGGCAGUUAUAGUAACGAUAUAGGCAUACUUCGUAUACAACCAAUAGUGAAGUUUAAUGCUGUUAUCAGGCCCAUUUGCAUUAUCACGGAUCCCACAAAAGUGCCAAAUGUCAAAACCUUCAAGGCUGCAGGCUGGGGAAAAACAGAAAACGAGACAUUUUCGAAGGUGCUUAAAACCGUAGAGUUGAACGAACUCAAUGCAUCUGAAUGUUACAAUAUGCUUUGGGUGAAUGUAACCGAGAGUCAGAUCUGCGCAGGACAUCCGGACGGGGAUACGUGCGCGGGCGACUCUGGAGGUCCAUUGAUUCAUCCGGUAUACAUGGAUGGAUCUCUGCGGUACGUGCAACUGGGAAUCAUCAGUUUUGGAAGCUCACUAUGCAACAGUCCUGGGGUUUAUACACGGCUAUCAAGCUUUAUCGACUGGAUUCUUAUGGUGGUAGAUAACUACACGGUACGCAGUCCACCGAAGAUUCAGUAUCGAGUAUGGCCUUACGGUAAAUAAAGCAUGAAUAUGUUACUUACUUUUGG